UAGGUGGAUGACGUGCCUAAAGCGAUUUUCAAGGAAACAGUGUGUGUGAAACAGUAAUAAAUUUUAUUGAUAUAAGUGAUUAAAGAAAGAAAGAUUAAUAAAAGUGGAUAACUAGCAUAUUAAGAACAUCGGAUGAACAACGUAAUUAGCAUGGCGCGUGAAGUGACGGAGAAAAAAUACAACACACAAACUGAAAUAGUCACGUGACCCCUGUUAACUCCCGGCCUUGCCUCAGCUUCUUUACAUGUUGCAGCCGUUUUCGAGGAUGAACUUACAACUAUCGCAUCAUUCGUUGCAACAAAAAACAGUAGUUGUUGCAAUAAUGUCGUGAAGGUUGGCAGCCCUGAGGGAAGACCUACGAUGACGUCAUUGAGGAAGGAGGCGUGGCCUCUUUGGGGGGUCUCCCUGGCUUGGAUCUUCGUCUGGGUUCUCCUAGUGCCGAGAGCCAGCGAAGCAGCGUUGCAAAGGUUCGUGGUGCGGCCUGAGAGCGUGUCGGUGCGCGAGGGCGGCUCCGUGACCCUGCGCUGCGUGGUGGCGAACCAGCAGGGGCGCGUGCAGUGGACCAAGGACGGCUUCGCGCUCGGUUUCGACCGCGAUGUCCCAGGGUAUCCUCGCUACACGUACCUGGGGGAGGCGCGGCUGGGGGAACACCACUUAAGGAUACAAGGUGCCACGCUCACGGAGGACGGAGAAUACCAGUGCCAGGUUGGCCCCACGGAUGGCACUCCCCCCAUAUGGACUGCGGCGAAUGUUACUGUUUUGGUGCCACCGGCAAGUGUCAGAAUCCUCGGCUGGAGCAGCGGUGCCACGGUGGAGAUGGUGUCCGCGGUGCCAGUGCUGCUGGAGUGCCUCGCCAACGAACAUAGCAAUGUGGAAGAACGUGUGGAGGAAUCGAGCCUGGUGGAGCGGCGUUGGGACGCGAGGAGCCGCCUCCACCUCACGCCCACGCCGGCAGACGAUGGGCGGAGGUUCUUCUGCCAGGCCGCCCACCCUGCUCUGGAAGCGCCCCUGCUCGCCUUCGUCACUCUCUCGGUCUUGUACCCCCCAGGGAAACCGACCAUCAGUGGCUACAGCCCGGGGGCGGCGCUGAGGGAGGGGGAGACCCUAAUCCUCACCUGCAGGGCCUCGGGGGGCAAGCCGUCCCCCUGGCUGGUGUGGCGAAGGGGGGGGCGCGUGCUGGACGACACCUCCACGACCGAGGACGGGGGCGGGGUCGUCAACUCCCUGGAAGUCGAGGUUUCGGCGGCCGAGGACGGGGCGGCGUUCGAGUGUGAGGUGAACAGUGACCUGCUGGAGGAGCAGCUCAGGACCAACGUUACGCUCACUGUUCACUAUCCGCCCAGCGUCGUUCACAUCCGAGGCCCGAGCCAGGUGGAGGACGGAGCACCCAUAGGACUCACCUGCGAGACCAAUGAAUCCAGACCUCCUGCUGUUAUAACGUGGCUAAUACAGGGGAGAACAUACGACUCUGAACAGACUUUGGUAACCCGCGUGAGUACUGGCGGCUGGAUCACGACCUCUGACCUGACCAAGUACAUCAUGAGGUCAAACCAGGCGAGGGAAGUCACGGUGCAGUGUGAGGCGACCAACCCCAGCGUCCACGGAACUGUCACGGCGACGAAAGUCAUCCUGGUCACACAGCCCGCCAGCCCCCCUGUGCUCCUGAGCGACCUGCAGUCCCCCCUCCCCGCCGGCUCCCUCCUCCCCCUCGCCUGCGCCAGCCACGGGGGUCACCCGCCCCCCACCAUCAGAAUCUACAAAGAAGCGACAGAAGUACCCACUGACCUGAUACUCGAAGGCAACGUGACCCGAGCUGAGGGCCAGGUCACGCUCACGGCAGCUGACAACGGCGCCCUUAUCUCCUGCGAACUCGUGCGACCCGGGAGCAGGUCGCCACUGAUCACAACGGGAAAGCUGUCUGUCCAGUUCGCCCCGUGGGAGGUCUCAGCCACAGCCACGCCCCCUUCCGUCCCCGAGGGCUCCGAGAUCCGCCUCUCCUGCACGACGUCCUCGAGCUCCCCGCCCUCCGUCGUCAGCUGGUCCUCCGGGGGCGUGGCUCUUGAAGGGGCAGUCACCAUCACGACUCAGGGGGUUUUCGGGGGAACGACGACCAGGUCAGACCUCCGGCUGCGAGUGAAGGCGGCUGACAACGGAAGAGCCGUCAGGUGCGAGGCUGACAACGGCGUCAGCGAUCCGGUGUCCACUUUCGUUACGCUAGAUGUCCUACAUCGCCCCCGCUGGGUGGUGCGUCCCCCCCCCCGCGUCGACGUACAAGAGGGUCACGAGCUGAGUCUGUCCGCCGCCGCCGCCGCCAACCCCGGUCCGCCACGGUACUGGUGGCGACGAGGAGAACAGAGUCUGGAGACGUCUUCGGGAGAGCUCGUCCUCGGCAGAGUCCUGAGGGAACACGCGGGGAACUACAGCGUCGACGCCUACAGCAAGAGGGGCUCGGUUAACGCGUCCUUCGUGCUGAAUGUGCUGUACGGGCCGGAAAAUUUGAAGGUGACGGACUUGGUGAUAGUGAGCGAAGGUGACCACGCCUCCCUCACCUGCUCUGCGUCUGGCAACCCCGCCCCUGAGCUCACCUGGACCGCCCCCAAUCACGCCCGCACGCCCAGCAUCAGUGGGCGUGUUCUGAGCAAGGGAGUAGGCGUGGCAGUCCUGAACGUCGAAAGCGCCGCCCACGCUGACACGGGGAUCUAUCACUGUCACGCCCAGAGCGAGGUGGGCGAACUAUCACCCGCAGCUGCCAAGUUGAUAGUGAGGCAGACUGCUUCGAUGAUGACUGCGGCAGGAGGGUCGUCUCCCCGUGCGGGCGUGGGCGGGCGUGGGCGUCUGGUGUGCCGAGUGCGGGCGUGGCCUCCUCCGACCUUCAUCUGGAGCACGCAGACGGGCGCCCUCAUCUCCAACACGUCGAAAUAUACUGUCCUUCCGCCGCGGCUGGAGGACGACCUUGUGCAGUGGCGGUCCGUACUCGAGAUCAACGAGGUCGUCCUCGGUGACUACUCCGUCUACCGCUGCGCCGCCCGGAACGACCUGGGCGGCGAUGCGGUCGUCCUCGCUCUAAGGCCGCCCGCACGCCCGCAGUCGCCUGUCAACUUCACUAUCGUGAAUGCAACGGAGACGUCACUGACCGUUGCCUGGACACCGAGCUAUGACGAGGGGACGCCCGAGAGGUACACGCUGCAGUAUAAGGCGGAGGGGACGACGAAGUUUCAGAGCCUGGAGAUCGAGGGCGGAGACACCGCGGAGGCGACGCUGACCGGGUUGUCCUCCUCCACCGAGUACAAGGUCGUCCUCAAGGCCAAGAACGACCACGGGGAGUCCGACCACCUGGCAAUUACGACCAGGACUCGAGGACGCGGCGACAAGGGCCCCCCCGCCCCCCGCAAGACCCGGAUGGUGUUCGUCCUCAUGACCAUCUGCGGCCUCGUCCUCCUCGUCCUCAACGUCCUCAUCAUCGCCUGCAUCUUCCGUCGUCGCAGGAGGAAGGGAAUGAGGGCAUCUUCGAGGACGAGAGCGAAGUCAGCCGAGGCGCCGGCGGCCCGCGAGGAGAAGGACGGCUUUGUCCCCCUCAAGACACGCACGCCUUCCGGGUCGGCUCAGUGCCAGGGCGAAUGCCGCGACGGCGCCGAGGACUGCGAGCACACGAGCCUGAUGGAGCAGGCCGCCCCCAGCAGCUCCUCCGCCAGAGCCUCGCACCGCCAGUCCGCCGGGUCCUCCCUGGGGAAGACGCCGCCCAGGGAGGAGGCGAGUCUCCCCCAGAACGGCGGCGUCCCCUCCAAGAAGUCCCCGGCCAGAGAGCGACGUCGGAAGGGCCGCUCGACACAGCGUGACACCUCUCCCGACGUCCGCGGCGAGGAGACCUGUGCCGCGCCCUCUGUCCCCCUCCAGACUCCUCCCGCGGCGCUCUACGGGAGCCUGGACGCCGCCGCGCACGUGCUGCCCUUCGCCGCCCCGCGACACGUGCACAGCCACACGCACAGCUGCAUCAUCCACAGCCCGCAAGAGCACCCCCCUCAUCUCCACGCGCCCGUGUUCAUCCCCAGCGUCUACGACGGGCGGGACUUCGGCCAGACGCUCCCGGGACGCAAGUACGUGUGCCGCGAUCACCAGAGGCACCAAUACCAGGGGCGCGGGCCGCAGGACAGCCACCCUGAGUGCCAGGGACAGUCUCCCAAGGCGUAUCACCAGGGACUGCAUCAGCCGUACCAGGGAGAAUACCAGGCGCAUCCAAUGCAGCACAGGGGGUACCAAGACCAGCAUGUAGCAUACCAGGGGCAGCAAGAAGCAUACCAGCGGCAAUACCAGGCGCAGUGCCAAGCACACCAAUCACAGCCAAACGCGCAGCAGCAGCAAGUACACGUGGACGACAGCCCUUCGCGUCAGAGGCCCCGCCUUCCUCAGGACGUCCCAGCUGCCCAGCAGACGUACUUGGAUUCUGACAGACUGGGAGGCACGGACGGCGCGCUGCUGGAAGAUCCCUGCUUGCCAGUAUCCCGCAGAAGGGCACCCAGUUACCAUGCUGACGGAGGAGGACCAGACGUCCUCCUUCCUGGAGACCCUGCAGCGCCCUCCGGAGGCCUUUGCAGACCCGGCGUCCUUCGACCACCCAGUCUACUUCCUUCCGCAGCAUCCCGAGGGUCUCUCCUACGGCCCUCCCCUCCCCCCUCCGGCGCUCUCCCCGAAGGACGUGCGGCAUGGCCUCCCGCCCUUGCCCCUCGAUGCCUGCCCCUCGCGCCCCUACUCGUACCAGCACCCGCCGCCGCCCUCUGGCCAGGAUCACCCGCCAUCCUCCGGCCGAAGUCCCGCUCACAGCCGCCCGCCGCCGCCCAGCCCGGGCCACCGCCACCCCACGCCGCCCAGUCCCCGAGGCCCUCGCCGCCCAUCCCCGCCCACGCCGAAGACGCCCACCUCGAGGCGGCCGUCCCCGAGUCCGAAGGGCAGGCGGCCCCAGCAGCCGCCUGACAGCCCGAGCCGCCCCCCGCCGAGUCCCAGGCGCGCGCCCCCGAGCCCCAAGGCAGAGCGGCGCCGCCUGCCCCUCGCGUCCAGCCAGGAGCUGUUCCGGUCCAAGGUGGCGUUCAGGCAGGGCAGCGCC